AUGACCUUUGCACAGCUAGCUUGUACUGUGCUGGGUGACACUGACCAGUCUUCCAUGGCCAAACUCAGGGAGGCGUACCAGGCUCAACCCUAUGAACUGAAGGCAAUUGAGGAGCACCUGCAGUACACUCUGAUCCAAGUUGAACUAGGGCUUUGGCAGCCAUACUGGGUGCCUAAAGGUGCUCAUUUACUCUCCCAAACUGUGUUCUUGCCACUUUAUCACUGA